AUGGACUCGUUUACCACCCCCGUUAGAACUUCAGACUUUGUUUUACCCCCGAGAGUCUUUGACCAUCCACGGAGAAAACGUUACAUCAGUGACAGUUCUGAGGAGGAGGUUGUGACCACGGGGAGCCCUUUGGCUCAGCCGUUGUUGGAUACGCCGGAAUCCGACCCCGAAACUCUUGUGAGACAUCCCAAAGAGCCUGAUGGCCUCUCUUUGUCCAACCCCUCAGAUCGCCACUUGGGAGAGUCACCGGUGGACAAGGCAAAUGGAAAAGAUGGCGCUCAGCAGCUCAAUGAUGCCUUUCUAGAGGACCCAGAGCCCCUGGACAGCAUUGUAUCAAGCAGCGAAGAUGAACCGGGCCCACCAUGUUUUUGCUCAACACCAAUACAAAUUGUUGAAGAGGGCUCCGAGGAUGAUGGGUUUGAAGAGUUUAGGAGGAGGCUAGGCAUAGAACUGUCCGAGCCAGUGCCACGUCGUGAGCGUAAAAAAGUUAUGCGGAUUAUUGUACGUGUUGCUGUUUAUGCUGUCCUUAAACACUGCCUUAGGGAAAAGCUUUUUGAAGAUAGUGAGGGCUGUGUCAUAGAUGCGCCAGCCCAACGGCACCAUGACUGUGUGACUUGGACUUCAGUGGAUAUAAACUGCAAGCUCCGGGCCCUGUGUGCUGAGCUGUGUUUGGAAAGCUUACUAAACACUGUUAUUGCCAUAGGUUAUGCUAUGCAAUGUCUGUGCCUAACCCAAGAACAUUUAGCACAAGGGGUGACUUUGAUAAAUGCUGUGCAAUUCAGUGGAGACCCUGACCGUGUUUUAAAGAAAAUGACCAAGCCGGAAGAUGCCUGCUUACAACGUUAUAUUGACCGUCUAGUUCGCACAAGAAGUUACAGAACCCUGCUUAAGAAAAAGACUAUUUGUAAGAAAUCUAAAAGGAUUAAGUUAGAGAAUGGUGAGGGUGCAAACAUGCGAUAUAAAACUUGGCAGCUGUAAAUUAAAAAAAAGGGGGGUGGGGGGGCUUUUGUGACUAUCUGUGUUUUGUUAGAAGGCUUUUGGCCCUUAAGUUUUAAUAAAGCAUCUUUGUUUGUUUUUAAGGAGUUGUAUGUCUUUUUAAAAUAAAUAAAUAGUUUUUGUGAGAAUUAGUUUUUGUGUGUGUGUGUGUGUGUGUGUGUGUGUAAAAGACAUUCAUUUAUAGCAAAAAGCUGAAAUGCAUGUUGUGGGAGGGAAAAAAUCCUAAAAA